CCAGUUUGAAGAACAGUCGCCAGAGGCGGAUUGUUUCCUUCUUACGAGACAUUUAUAGCGGGAUUAAUUAGCUACAAAUCACAGGGGCUUUGCUGCGGGACAGGUGUUCAAAAUGGCUGACAACCAGGUGAUUCUGCAGUUCCGCUUUGCCACAUUCGGUGACUCCAUGUUGCAGAAGAUGAAUCUCCUGCGUCACCAGAAACGCUUCUGUGACGUGGUGGUCUGUAUAAACCAGCUGGAGGUCCCUGGUCACAAAGUGGUGUUCGCUGCCGGCUCGUCUUUCCUCAGGGACCAGUUCAUUCUUCAGCAGAGCUCCAAAGAGGUCCGUAUUUCCAUGAUCCAGGAGGCCAAGAUAGGCCGCCAGCUGCUGCUCUCCUGCUACACCGGUCAGUUGGAGUUCCCCGAGCUGGAAUUGGUCCAUUACCUGACUGUGGCCAGCUUCCUCCAAAUGGACCACAUUGUGGAACAGUGCACUCAGGCCCUCAGUAAGUUCAUCAAGCCACAGCCACAGCGCAAGCUGGAGAUGGACUUGGAGAUGAGGGGCGAGAGUGGAGAUGAGGACUUACCUUCCCAGGUGUUGAGAAAACAAGAUCAGUCACCGGUGGAGCCGGUGCAUCAGGACAUGGAGGAGGUGGAGGAGGUGGAAGAGGAGGACGAGGCCGAGUUGAUAGAGGACAACAGUGGGGAUGAAAUCAUAAUGGAGCCCAAACCCCCCGUGCAGGUGUCCGGUGCUUACUCUCGACAUGGCACGCGGGAGAACCAUGUGGAUAUUGUGAAAGUGGAGUCGGAUACAGCAGAGAACUCCAUCAGCAGCCACUUCUCCACGAGCCCGGCUGCGCCCCUCUGCUCCCCUGAGCCUCAGCACUCCCUCAUCAACUCCACAGUGGACGUGGCGGGCCGUGGCCCUGAGGUGGCCGCCUCCCCGGCCUCCGCCAGCUACCUGCCCGCCUCGGCGCCGGUCUACCCCUCUGUUGAGAAGCAUGCUGGCUACCAGAGGAGCUACGAUAAGCCCCCCCACUGGUACCACCAGUGUCCCAAGUGUGCCAGAGUGUUCCGGCAGCUGGAGAAUUACGCCAACCACUUGAAGAUGCACAAACUGUUCAUGUGCCUCUUGUGUGGCAAGACCUUCACGCAGAAGGGAAACCUGCACAGGCACAUGCGCGUCCACGCCGGCAUCAAACCGUUCCAGUGCAAAAUCUGUGGGAAGACCUUCACUCAGAAGUGCUCUUUGUUGGAUCACCUGAACCUACACAGCGGAGACAAGCCCCACCGCUGCAACUACUGCGACAUGGUGUUCGCUCACAAGCCGGUGCUCCGGAAGCAUCUCAAGCAGAUUCACGGGAAGAACAGCUUCGACAACGCGAACGAGGGCAGCCUGCAUGACGGCGUGGCCGAUGAGUACGAAGCCUGUGGACAUUUCUAUUCAGCCGUGAACCCCGCCAGCUCUGACUUCCCCUCCAGUUUAAGACAUUGUAAAGAUGAUUCCGUGUAAGAGUAAGGCCUACACAUAGACCACAUUGAUCUCAUCUCACUAUUUGGAUGUCUAUAUCACCAGUGUUUCUUAACCUUGUCAAUUCCAGUGUCAUAAAUCUAAAAAUGUAAGGUUUCCUACCUUAAUAUUCAGAUUUCAUUAGUACAUAAUCUGUACUAUAUAACUUCACAGAAAAACAUUAUAUUAUUAUAAAAUCUGCUCAGUCACCGCACAAACCAACAUUCCCAUCGUAUAACGUAGCACGGAUGAAAAGAGCCUAAGAAGUGAACGUCUCUGGUGUAGUCUGCUGCAUUGAGCUCUGAGUAGGAAGUAGACAGUCCUUUCUUAUUCACUACUUAUUGACUAUUGUAGCUGUAGAAUUGCAUUUGUGACUCUGUUAGUCACUACAUUCAUCAUUUCCUCUGUAGCUUAAUGCAGAGUGUUGUUGGUGUAUUUGUAUUGUACUUGAAUAACCAACACUGAAACUUAAAAGUAUUGUUUUAUUGAUAAAACUACACGUGUAAUAUAAUUGUACAUUGUGAUAGUACACAGUAGCAGUUUUUAAAUCAGUGCACUUGAUCCUGGGGACAGUUACAGCAGUUUUACUGACUGAUCACAUGUGGACUGCAGAAGCAUCUAUUUACACAUUUCAAAUCGAAUUGUUGUUGAAUAAAUGUGGGACAAAGUGAUGUCACUUGUC